AUGCCGGCACCCGCGCGCAGUCGCCCGCUCAAGAAGGACUUCUUCUCGCAAACCUUCAAAGGCCAAAAGCCCGUUCUCUUCAGCGAAAAUGCGCGACCCAGCAGCAUCCCUCCACACAUCCGCCAUCUUGCCUGGUCCUCGACCGGUGCCGCCCUAGCCACAACCUCUGGCUCUAAAGUCCGCAUCUGGAACCCCGAUCGUCCCAAUGUUAAGAGCAGUCAGGAAUUAGUGGGUCAUGUCGGAAGCGUAGAAAAGAUUGUCUGGAACCCUGUGCGCGAGGGAGAGGUUGCGACAACAGGCAGCGAUGGUACUGUCAAGCUCUGGGAUGUGCGCGUAGGUCCUGGUGCCCACAACAAGGCUGUACCCGUGAAAGAGAUAGCUCUGGGAGACGGUGGUCUGUUUCUGGCGUGGAGCCCAACUGGUCAACACCUCGUAGCUGGACGUAGAGACGAUGUCAUUGUGCCCAUCGACGUGCGCAUGGGAGCCAUGGCCAACACCGAGGAUCUGAUCAUGCAAGAGGGCCGCAAGCUGGGUAGUGCCCAGACGAAUCAGAUGGCUUUCUCCAACUCUGGCAAAGAGGUCUUUGCUACUACCGGCGAAGGCACUGUUAAGGUCUUGGAUUGGCCAAGCAUGACACUGCUCCAUACACUCAAUGCACACACCAGUGCCGCCUAUAGCGUACAACAUAGUCCUAACGGUGACUUUGUCGCAGUCGGCGGCGGCGACUCCCUCGUCACCCUCUGGGACACUACCGACUGGGUCUGCAAGCACACUCUAUCAAAUAUGACCGGCGGCGUCCACUGCCUCUCCUUCAGCUUCGACGGCACAUACAUUUGCGGCGCUCAUGGCAUGGACAAAGAUGGCGACAAGGGCAUUCACGUCGCUUGUGCUCAGACUGGCGAGACCGUGCAUACUUUCGAGACUUCUCACAUCGUCAACGUUCUCGCAUGGCAUCCACUCAGGUACUGGCUAGCAUAUGCUGGUGACUUGGGUGGUGUCAGAGUUAUCGGUCUUGGAGGCAAUCUUUGA